AAAGUUGGCAUAUCGUUUCGUAAGUAUUCCAUUAGCGCCAAGUAGUAUCAUUUGUGUUAUAUGUGGAGCAGGUCCGAGUUUUCGCGAUUUGCGGACUAUGUCACAGGAUGUGUUUGGCGAAAGUCAAUUGCAGAACGUUGAGCGAUGUAUGCCACGCAGUUUACCAGAGCAAUUAGAUAUCGAUCAGUGUGUUCUGUCUAUUAUAGUUGCUAAUACAAACGCAAAAAAAUGUGUUUUUUCUCGUAAUUUAAACCAAAAUUCAGGAGGAAAAAGAGUAUUAGGGGGCGGCCUUUUGCGUGUAGAUUUAAUAAAAAAGAUCUUUGAUCAAACUCUGCAAUAUAACAAAGUACUAAAUGAAGACUGUAAAAUUGUACAACUGCGAACGCGACAUAUGGAGCCACUGGAUCAGUAUUGGUGUUUGGAUUACCAUAAAUGUUAUGCUCAUUAUGAUCAGCAUGGAAAUACUAUUUUCAUCCUCUUUAUAUCAUCUAUACCAACACCUGCAAUGAGGUAUUAGUUUUUAUAACGAAUUUCCACGUGUACUCAAUACUCGCACGUAAGGGUAUUCCACAAUAGAGAAAGUCUGCCUAUGCAGAACUGUCACAGUUACUUCAAUGUUUAAAGUAGAAAAAAUAAAUAUUAAAAAAAGGUCUUCGUUGGAUUCUUGUUGACAACUAUCGGCGUUGUUUACAACUAGGUCGGUUUCUGUCCGGACUCGACCCCAAUAUUCCCAAUGAGUUUCCGUUAUGUGGAGAUUCCCCGCACAACACCAACCACCUGUUCGCAUGCCAGCAAUCCCACUCAACUAAAACCCCUCUCCCUUUGGUUUGGCCCUAUUGAAAUUGCCCGUUUUCAGGGCCUACCGUAAGUUGAGCUUCGCGACAAUGAUUGAAGGAUGAACCAAAAUACGCAGGGUUAAG